AUGAAUGGCAACAUCGAUAUCGAUCCAUCUUUAUUGAUAGACUGUAAUAUCAAUAAAUUUAAAAAUCCUAUAAACAUUUCAACAUUUUAUGAUGAUGAUAUAUUGAUAUGGUUAGAUAAAUGUAUUCAUAACGAUGAACAAGAUGAUCAGUAUUCAAUCUAUCAACUUCGUCGUUUGAUGAAUUCAUUUCUUAUUUUUACAAAUGAAAAAGAAUUUAUAUCCGGUUCAUUAGGUAAAGAUUUUGUUCCGGUUCUUAAUUGUUUAUCACAGAUUAAUUCAAUUUAUGUUUUUUGUGGAAAGAAAAUUGAUCAUGAAUAUUGGGCAAAAAAUUAUGAAAAAGUUAAAGGUGUUUUUAAUGAUAUUAAAGACCUUUGUGUAAAUCUUAUAUAUAAUAAACAAAAAUGUGAAUCUAAUCAAUCAACAAUCGAGCAUUUGAUAGAUUUAUCAUCAAAGAAAUCUUCAUUACCUUAUGAAUGUAAUGAAAUCAUUAAUUUAAAGAAUUCUGAAUGUAAUAAUUAUCAACCGGAUGAUGAUAUGCAAAUAUCAACUGCAUCAGCUGAUAUUCCAUUUAGUAAUAAAGAAAAUUGUUCAUCGAUAAAUGAAAUAGAAAUAGUUAAUAAUGUAGAAUCUAGUCAAAGUGUUACUCCAUUUAUUCAAUACAAACAACAGAUGGAAUUUUCCGAUAAUGGUAUUUGGCCAUGUUUAUUUGUUGUUGACCGUGUACACAAUGCACUUUUCAAUCAUCUUAAUUCGGUUCUCGGAUCAGUCAAAUUUUCUCAUUCGAUGGAAAAUUGUUUAGAACAUGUUUGUUACCAUCGUGAUGAUCCACAUUUAAUUAUUAUAUGUGAUCUAACAAAUAUUGAAUAUUUACCUAUAUUAAUUCGUUCGAAUGUACGAAACAUAUAUAUCUAUUGUCCAAAUAAAUCUUUAGAUGAUUAUAGUGUAUGGACUGAAAAACAUCCAAAUGUUAUUUGUGCAUUACAACAUACUGAGAGUCUUACUCGUUUGAUUAUUUGGGAUUUAUCUGCUUGUAUUGUGAGUAUUGGAAAUUAUUAUGAUAACGAAAAUCAGAAAAAUUUGGCUCAAACUCGAUAUCGGUACGCAUAUCGUCUUCAUAUUAUUUUUCGCGAAAAUUUAAAUAAUCGCUUGCAGAUGUUCGAAAUUAUUGAUCAAUAA